AUAAGGGAAUGAGAACUCGAAAGAGAAGGGUGAGAAGGGAGCUCUCACCAGAGGAUGCGGAAGAAGCCAAGGAAGAGGCGAACGAGGAGGAGACGGAGAAGGUGAUAUGGGUGAAGCACUACUCGUCAUUGCACGAGAUACUGUUGGUGGGGGAAGGAGACUUCUCCUUCUCCUUCUCUCUAGCCAAUGCCUUUGGCUCUGCAUCCAAUAUUGUUGCCACGUCCCUGGACUCACAUGAUGUUGUGGUGGUCAAGUAUGCAAAAGCUAAGACACAUUUGGAAAGUCUGGAGAAGAUGGGGGCAACCAUUUUACAUGGUGUUGAUGCGACAAAAAUGAAACUUCAUACUGAUUUGAAGAUGCAUAAAUUUGAUAGGAUUGUGUUCAACUUUCCACAUGCAGGUUUUAAAGGAAGGGAAGAACAGAUGAAAUUGAUCAAUUUGCACAGGAAACUAGUGCAGGGUUUCUUUAAAAAUGCCAGCCACAUGCUUCGACCCUAUGGGGAAGUUCAUGUAAGCCAUAAAACAGGAGGCCCAUUUCGCAAGUGGAACCUUGAAGAACUUGCUUCCAAGAACUCUCUUAUUCUGGUAGAAUGUUCUAAUUUUAAGAUCGAAGACUACCCAGGUUAUAAUAACAAAAGAGGAGAUGGACCGAGGUGUGACCAGACAUUUCCCUUGGGUAAGUGUUGCACGUUCAAAUUUAGGAUUGGUGAAAUCCAAAAAUUGAAGCAAGCCUGCAAAAAGAAGAUGGAUGCAACAUCAAACAUGGAUUUUUCCUAUGGAAGAUGUGGAACUAAUACAACUGAAAUUGAUGAUGAUCGUCUAAGAAGUAUUAGCAGAGUCAAUCACCCAGUUGCCAUUCAGAAUCCUGGAGCUGUUUACUUGGACAGUGUUUGGGGUAGAGCAAAGCCCGCUUUUGGAAUUAAUAGUGUAUAUUUGAGGGUAUAUAGAAAUUAUUUGGAAGAUGUCCGCAUGGUUUCUAGAUAUGGUCCAGACUUGAGCUAUGCCAACUUUGGAAAUUCGAAUAAUGUUUAUGUCAAUGAAAUGAAUGGAACACUUGCCAGAACUAACAGCGUUUACAUGAGAGGUCAUCGAGAACUUUGUGAUAUGAGCAGUUUUAGACAGGUUAAUUCACCAAGGACGUUUGGACCUCAAGAAACAGAAGCUACUCCCAUCCGGGUGACUUCAAGAGCACAUUGGUACUGAUGUCUUUACUUUUGCGAGGGAGGUUCCAUUUUGACUCACCUUCCGUCCUUGUCAACAAACUUAAUUGUGAAUGGUGAUUAAUUUUGGCUUAAUUCUGGCUUCUGAAAUAUUCUCUGACAAACUACCUAAUUGUUUAUACUUCAAAUAUCCUGGUUGAGGGGUUGUGAGAAGGCAACUGGAGCCUCUUUCUGUUGGCGAAUCUGGUGAUUAAUUUUGUUUUUGUUGAUGCAAUGUUGAUUAUGUAAUGAAACUUUUGAUUCUACAAUACC